ACAAUAUAUUUUAGUUAAAAAAAUUAUCAACUUAUUGAAAUAGUAAAAAGAAAACGUGAAUUUUUUUUUUACAUACUUACUUAUAAAGAAAUAGAAUCAAAAGUUAUUUUAAUGAUGAAAGCUAGUGAUUUAGCUUUAGCUCGAGCAAUGGUUGCAGAAUCAAAUUCACCUGGUGGUCAACAAUUACCAUUAAGAAAAGUUAUCGAUAAAGCAAAACAAUUCCGACGCACAAGAAGUUUAAAUGCACCAUCGCCAUUUCAACAGUUUGGACCAUGUGGCCGUAUAAUGAAAAAUCAAGCAAUGGUCAUGCAAAUUCAAGAUCCGGCAAGCCAACGUUUAACUUGGAAUAAACCACCAUUAACUGUUUUAGUUAUUAAAAAAGUUCGGGAUUCAACAGUUUUACCACCAUUUGUUAAAUUAGUUGAAUGGUUAGUUCAAGAGAAACGUAUGGUUGUAUGGGUUGAAGCAGCAGUAUUAGAUGAUCCAUUAUUACAAGCUGAUCUAAAAUUUCAAACGAUUAAAGAUAAAUUGGUUACUUUUAAAGAUGGCCGAGAUGAUUUAACUGAUCGUAUUGAUUUUAUAAUUUGUUUAGGUGGUGAUGGAACAUUAUUAUAUGCUUCAUUAUUAUUUCAACAAUCAGUUCCACCAGUAAUGGCUUUUCAUUUAGGUUCAUUAGGUUUUCUUACACCAUUCCGUUUUGAUAAUUUUCAAGAACAAGUUACUAAUGUAUUAGAAGGUCAUGCUGCAUUAACAUUACGCAGUCGUUUACGUUGUAUUAUUGUAAGAAAAUCAAGAGAUAAUAUUGAUGAAACAAUAACAACAACAGCAACUGGUCGAGCAAUAACAAAUCAUCAUAAUAAUCAUCAUCAAAAUCAUAUAUCAGAAAAUUCUUAUUACAGUAAUAAUGAAAAUAAUUAUGCUUCUACUCAUACAGAAAAUACAAUUUCCAGUAAUAAAAAUAAUAAACGUACAAAAGAUGAAACUAAUAUAUUAGUUUUGAAUGAAGUUGUUGUUGAUCGUGGACCAUCACCAUUUUUAAGUAAUAUCGAUUUAUUUUUGGAUGGAAAAUAUAUAACAUCGGUACAAGGUGAUGGUUUAAUUAUUUCAACACCAACUGGUAGUACAGCUUAUGCAGUUGCUGCUGGUGCAUCAAUGAUUCAUCCAUCUGUACCAGCUAUACUUUUAACACCAAUAUGUCCACAUUCAUUAAGUUUUCGGCCAAUUGUUGUACCAGCUGGUGUUGAACUUAAGGUUUCAAUAUCACCAGAUAGCCGAAAUACAUCAUGGGUAUCAUUUGACGGUAGAAAUCGACAAGAAUUAUUUCAUGGUGAUAGUUUAAGAGUAACAACAUCAAUAUAUCCAGUUCCAAGUAUAUGUGCUCAAGAUCAAAUUUCUGAUUGGUUUGAUUCAUUAGCCGGUUGUUUACACUGGAACGUACGCAAACGGCAAAAACAUUUAGAUGAAUUAUCUGAUUUAACUGGUUCAGGUUCUGAAGAUACACUCGAUGAAUUAGAUAAGGCUAGUGAUACAUUACUUGAUAGUUGAAUUUUUUGAAUUUUCAUAUUCAACUAUAAAAUUUGAUUUGAAGAAAUAAAUAGCAGUUUUAAUAAAUGCAAAUAAUUUGCUAUAGUAAUAGAAAAAAAAGAAAAUAGGAGAAGUUAUAAAAAGAAUUAAAAUAAUAAUAUUUUGCAAUAACCAUGAAAAAAAAACAAAAAUAAAAAGAAAAUUGAUAUAUUGUAAUAUUUUUCAAGAGUAUAUUUUAAUUAUAAAAAUUUAUACAUAUAUUAAUAAAAUUAAUAAAUUAUAAUUUAUGUUAAAAAUUGUGAAUAAUACAAAAAAGGAAUUCAUUAUUAAAUAUAAAAUAUUGUUAAAGUUAACUAUAAAACGAAAAAUGAAAAUAUGAAAUUAUAAAAUGGAAUUCAAAAAUAUUUCGAUUAUUUUAGUAGUUCACAACAAUACAAUUUUUUUUGUUUUUUUUUUUUUUUUUGAAAAGGUUAAGUUUAUACAUAUUUUUCUAAUUAAAAUUGAUCUAUUAUAAUAUAUACAUAAUAAUUUUAAUAAUAUUCUUACCCCUACAUUUUUCGGUUUUAAUAGAUACUAGUCUAAACGAUAAAGCAACUUAGAUUGCUUUCAAACGGUGGAAAAAAAAUAAAACAAUUAGACUAUAAAUUAAAAAUCAUAAUUUAUAUUCAUUCUUUAUUGAUAAAAAUACGAAUGUAUGAAAAUUAAUUUUCAAAUGGUUUUAGUUUAACAAUUUUAUCAAAAUUAAAAUUUUUCAAAAUUUUUAAAUCAUUUAUCGGAUUGUAUUUAUUAAAUCGGAUUGUAUAGAAUUUUAUAAAAUAUAAAAGACAUUAAUGUUAAAGGUAAGCUUAAAAAUUUGUUAUGGAAAAAUGUAAAAUUUUAAAGAAAAAUAAUUAUUUGCUACUGCUCUUUAGUUAAAGUUUUAGAAAACUCGUUUCACUAUUCUUG